AUGAUUGGAAAUGAAAAACUCUCACCGCUGGUGAGAGAAAUAUAUCCUGACAUUUCAAAUACCUUUAAAGACAGCUAUAUUCUGGACUUUCUCAAUCUGCCUGAUAUUCAUAACGAAAGUGAUCUGCAAAGAGGAUUAGUUAGUCAGUUGAAAAACUUUAUAUUGGAAUUAGGUAAAGAUUUUAUUUUCAUUGGUGAAGAAUACAAACUACAAGUCGGCAACAGUGAUUUUUACAUUGAUUUGUUAUUUUAUCACAGAGGACUGCAAUGUCUGGUAGCUUUUGAAUUGAAAGCCGAUAAAUUUAAGCCGGAGCAUCUGGGACAACUUAAUUUUUAUCUUGAGGCAUUAGACAGAGAUGUGAAAAAGCCUAAUGAAAAUCCAAGCAUAGGUAUACUGCUAUGUAAGGACAAAGAUAACGAGGUAGUAGAAUACGCAUUGAGCAGAACAUUGUCUCCUACAACAGUUGCAGAAUACCAGACACAGCUUCCAGAUAAAAAACUGCUUCAAAAAAAGCUUCAUGAUUUGUUUGAAAAAUAA